AUGGGAACAAAUAAUCAAAAUAAACAACAAAAAAACAAUGUCAAAAAUAAGAAAUUAAAUAAAGAAAAAAAUUCAAAUUUAAAAAACAGCACUACAAAUAAAGAAAAUAAUAUAGAUUUCGAAAAUAAUAAUAUUGAAUAUAAUAAAAGCUUAGACAAUAACAAUAAUAAUAGUAGUAAUAACAAUAGUAAUAAUAAUAAUAAUAAUAAUAGCAGUGAAAUUAAUAAUAAUAAAAAUAAACUAUUAAAAAAUAAAGUUGUUCAAUUUAAAAUUAUUGAAGAUAAUCCAAAUAUGGAUAUUAGUGGUUGUAGUAGUAAUGAUGAAAGCGAGGCUAUAUUAAAAAAAGUUAAAGAAACCCUAAAACACGAAGAUGAUGUUGAAAUUAUUGGUACAUCAGAUCAAAUUAUAUCAAAUAGCACUACAGCAAUUGGUAGUAGUGGCAGCAGUGGAAAUGGUGGGUCAUCAAAGCAUCCUAUGAUUAGAAAUAAUAGCAGCAAUAAUAUAAACGAAAUUAUAAGCGGUGGUGAGGAAUUAAGUGGCAGCGAUGAAGAAUAUGAACAGGAAAAAGAAGAAAAUAAUAAAAGUAAUAACUACACUACCACCAGCACCACCACCACCAUUACAGAAAAUGAUGAAGAAGACUUAAACAACAGCAACACUCAUAGCACGACGGAAGAAGAUGAUGAACGGGAAGAAGAAUAUGACUAUGGUUUACAUAACUAUUAUAAUACAAGUAAUGAUGAAAAAGAAAUUAAUGAAGAGGAUGAAAAAUUCGAAAAAGAAAAGAUCAUUCAAAAAUAUAAAUUAAAUAGAUCAUCAAAUAAAGUAUUAAUAACAAACACAUUAAAGAAAAGCAUCGAUAAUGAAAAAGAAAAUGACAUUAGUGAAAAAUUAGCUAUACCGGAGGCCAGUAGCGGGGGUGAAUAUAGUAGUAGCGCAAAUUCCCCAAUGCCAACAUUGAAACUAUCAGUAUUUGAUGACAAAACAACAAUGUCAAAAAGAGAAUUGGGUCAACAUGUUGAUGGUAAAGAUGUAGCAAAUGUAGUUUCAGAGAGUUUAAAUUUAGAGUCAAAUAACAAGCAUUCAUCGUUUAAAAUAUUGGAAAAGAAAAAGUCGUUAGAUAAUCUAGAGUUAAAUCCUUUCCUUAAAAGUCUAUCAGAGAAAAGAAAUAAUUUUAUAAAGAAGAUCACUCAGAAGGUUUGGAGUACACUUAAUCAAGCAACUUCAGACGAUUUAUCAACAUCCCAAAAAGAUCGUAUCAUCCAAGAGGUUUUCAAAGAUAUUAGUCUGGAGAUUGACGAACCUGUAUUUGAAUAUUUAACAACCCUAUCAGAUAAAGAUAUUGAAAAGGUAAACAAUAACCUCAAUCAGUCACAACCUCAAUCAAGCUCACCUAUAAACUCACCCUCAAUACAAUCAGGCUCAAAAUCACCAACAACUUUUACAAUACCAACAUUUAAAAACAGUAGUAAAAAAGAUGGAAUUUUAAACAACUACUAUCCAUAUCCGUGUUUAGAUGUUGCAGCAAAAAGAUUAAAGCUAACACCAACAGCCUAUAUAUCAAACACAUCACCCUCCACAUCAAUGCUAAACACUAGCUCGAGCAGUACUCGUAUUGGAUCAGGCAGUAGCACUCUGGGUAGCAGUGGGAAAGGUAUUUUAAAUAGUAGCACAAGCAGUGGCAGUGGAUAUCACAGCAGCGGUAGUGGUAGUGGAAAAGAAAACUCACCCAAUGAAAAAGAGAUCUACUACUAUCAACUAAUUUCACAAUAUUUUUUAAACAACCCAGAUAAAGUCGAGCUAUUCAGACCACUAUUACAAUCGUUAUGGACAAACAAUCAGUGGUUUUAUUUAAUUUAUGGGUCAAUGUUUUUUUCGUGGCUCCUAGAAUAUAGACUCUCAUUAACACCACAACUAAAUAUACUGAUCAAAGCGUCAAAUAGAUUAUUCUGGUAUGAUUGUGACCGUUAUACAAGAAAAUAUUACCAAAUAUAUUCAACAAUCAAGCAAAAACUAGUGGAUAGAUCUUUGUGGAAUGGGUUGUGUGAAGCCAGCAAAGAUUUAGAGUCAACAUCAUCCAAUGAUCCAGAUCUAAUGCGUACAAAUCUAUUAAGAAAUAGAAGAAUUUGGAUUGAUUUUUAUCAUAUUAUUAGUGUAUUUUAUUUUUACUAUGAAAAGACAAAUGAAGGCUUGGAUGAAUUUAGAUACAAUAUAAAUAGACAAUAUCAAGAUUUUAUUUUAGAUACAAUUCAAAAGAAACAUAUAGCGUCAGAAAACAAUAACAACAAUAGCAACAGCAACAAUGAACCAACACCAGGUAUAUCAAGCACAAAAGAAUUAGUAUUAUCAAUUGACGAUUUAUUUGUUAGAGGUGUUAUUAAACAUUUAAAUUUAAUUAAGCACGAAGAAACUCUGAUCGGUUAUAUCGAUAGAUGUUUGGUUUUCAAAGAAAAUUGGGACCUUAAUCCCACCACCAAAGUUAAAUUACAAUCGUGUUUAUAUUCUCUAACCAAACCAGGCUCACCAGCUUAUGUUCCUCGUAGUGUUCGUACUAAAAGUCGUGCUGUUUUAGAUCAACUCUUUCCAAAUGGAAAAUUUUCAAGACACACCGUAAAUUUAUUUUUCCGUUUAUUACAUCCAUAUUAUUCAAUAGGUUCAAUCAUUCAUUGGGGCUUAGAUUUUAUUAAAUCAUAUAUACCCUUUUUAAACAAUAAUAGUAAUAAUAAGAUAUCAAAUAAUAAAUAA